AUGGCACCGAAGUACGCCGCCGCCCACUUGAUCCCCAAGAAGGAGGAGGGAAAGGAAGACCGAAAGGCUGUUGCUCGAUCAAGAAGCAACUACCUCCGCACUCACUUCAAGAACACUCGUGAAACCGCGGCAGCGAUCACCGGUCUCAAGCUCGCUAAAGCUCUCACUUUCCUCGGAGAUGUCACUGAGCACAAGCAGUGUGUUCCUUUCCGACGAUUCAACGGUGGUGUCGGCCGAACAGCACAAGCCAAGGCCCACAAGACCACACAGGGACGAUGGCCUAUCAAGACCGCCAAAUACAUGAUCGCCCUCCUGAAGAACGCUCAAGCCAACGCCGUGGCCAACGAGCUCGACCCAGAAGACCUCGUCGUCACCAACAUCAAUGUCAACCAGGCCCCCAAAACCCGCCGUCGUACAUACCGUGCCCAUGGUCGAAUCAACCCUUACCAGGGUCACCCUUGUCACGUUGAGAUCAUCUUGACACCUACAACUGAGGAAGUAGAGAAGGCUGAUGAGCCAAUGGAUGUUGUUAUGAAGACCCGGGGACCUCGUGCCCAGAAAAGAAUUGCUGCUGCAUAA